GCGGCAUGGAAUGUCACCCAUAGCAUCGUUCUUCUACUUGAAGAUAAUAUGCUCAGUCUUCGCUGGUACGAUACCGAGGGCUGCAUCAUGACACAAUCUAUUGACAUCAUCGGACAACUUCCACUGUUUGUGGUGAUGGUCAUUAUUCUUCAACGGUUUGAUGCUGUGAUGUGGGGAUUCUCUGACAUCCAGAUAUCUCAAACGACAGAGAACGGACCAGUCUCCUUCUGCCUCGAGUCCGACAAAGCCAAAGGAACGCGUUUCCAACUUGUGGGACGCCGAACAUUUGGGGCAGAUGUACGUUCCAUCCCCAACGCCUCGAAUACUCCUCAAACCACAUCGCCGAGUUUUCCAGUGCGACAACAAAGCUCCCAGAACACUCUCUCCGACCUUCCAGGUUCGACUAGGAAAUCACACCCUUUAUUCUUCAAGGCAGCAUGGCCGGAGAAUUCCCAAGAUAGGGAACCUCAGAUUAUCGCAGAGGCUAUUUCUAGGGCGAAUCAAUAUCUUGGAGAAUUCAGGGCAUACGUCCUUGAGCACGUUCCGACGGUCGUUAGCUGGCAAGAGGUCAAGUUUACAUCGACUGCCAUCAUUCGUCAACUCCUCUGUCUCCCUGUUGAGCGCUCACGCACCCUGCUCUGGAUGGUCUGUCACAAACUAUACUCUAUCGAGAAAUGUAAUGGACGGGAUUUCUGGAAGGGAUUCUGGGAGCUCAUCCGUUGCCACUAUCUGCUCUGGUGCAUUGGUGUAGCACAUGGCGACAUCAGUAACAAUAAUUUGAUGUACGAUGUGGUUGUUGGGAAGGGCAUCUUGAAUGACUUUGACCUAGCUGCACUUAUGAAUCCUGGAGACGUAUCACCACAGAAAAAAGGCUGGGAGUGGACGGGGACGCAACCGUUCAUGGCGCUGGAAUUGCUGAAGAGGGCCAACGGUUCGGUUAAGCGGAGGUAUUGGCAUGACCUUGAAUCGUUUGCCUGGUGCCUCCUCUGGUGUGCAACGAAUGAGUCAUUCGCCAACAAGGCAAUUUAUGGGUCAACCACAGACGCCCUUCAUUACAAAAGAGGGUUGGCUUUUGAUGUUCGGGAGCAAACCGCUAAGCCGGGUUUUGAAGGAAUAUGGCCUUGCAUUGUGGACUGGAUUUGCACCUGGGUCUGGCGAAACGUUAGAUAUCUGCCAGAGGUUGAGGAUACCGCCAUGCUUGUGAGGGAGUUUGCGGAAAUUGUCGGCAGAUACGAGCAAGCAAUUCCAUUGGAUGACCCACAGUUGAAGUGGGUAGACUUUCAAGUUCCUCUGCAGGCGCCGUCAUCAUCAACGGACGCGAACACGGGGGGUGUCACUGUGUCGUAUGCAUCGUAG